CCGGGCUCGUCGCGGCGGCGGUUGGAGCGGAGCUGGAACAGACUUGCAGAUGGGUCAGGGACUUUGGAGAAUUGCUAGAAACCAGCAAUUGCAGCAGCAAGGAUACAGUGGACAAGGUUAUCUUACCAGAGAGCAUGGUAGGAGGAUACCUGCUAACAAUGUUUCCAAUACAAGCCAUCGCAAGCAAGCCCAAGGAGGCAUUGAUAUUUACCACCUGCUGAAGACAAGGAAAUCUAAAGAACAAGAAGGAUUCAUUAACCUGGAAAUGUUGCCACCAGAGCUUAGUUUUACCAUUUUGUCAUACCUGAAUGCAACUGAUCUCUGUCUAGCAUCAUGUGUCUGGCAGGAUCUUGCUAAUGAUGAGCUUCUCUGGCAAGGGUUGUGCAAAUCCACUUGGGGUCACUGUUCUAUAUACAAUAAGAAUCCACCUCUAGGAUUUUCUUUUAGAAAAUUGUAUAUGCAGCUAGAUGAGGGCAGUCUCACCUUUAAUGCCAACCCUGAUGAGGGAGUCAACUACUUUAUGUCCAAAGGCAUACUAGAUGAUUCACCAAAAGAAAUAGCUAAGUUUAUCUUUUGCACAAGAACACUGAAUUGGAAGAAGCUGAGAAUCUACCUUGAUGAAAGGAGAGAUGUUUUGGAUGACCUUGUGACGCUGCACAACUUCAGAAAUCAGUUCUUGCCAAAUGCACUGAGAGAGUUCUUCAGACACAUUCAUGCUCCUGAGGAGCGUGGGGAGUACCUUGAAACUCUCAUAACAAAGUUCUCUCACAGAUUCUGUGCUUGUAAUCCUGAUUUGAUGAGAGAGCUUGGCCUUAGCCCUGAUGCAGUGUAUGUACUGUGUUACUCUUUGAUUCUGCUUUCGAUUGAUCUAACAAGCCCUCACGUGAAGAACAAAAUGUCAAAGAGGGAAUUCAUCCGAAAUACGCGACGAGCUGCACAGAACAUUAGUGAAGAUUUUGUAGGGCACCUUUAUGACAACAUCUACCUUAUUGGCCACGUGGCUGCCUAAAAGCACAAUUUGCUAGCACUUAAAAUUUGUAAUUUUCAAAAACUACAUCAAUUCAAGAUAUUAAUUAUUUUGUAGAGAUGGGGGUUAUUUUAGUGCUGGUCAUUCUAACCUCUGUAUGCAAUCAAAGUUUGUGUGUGUAAGUGUGUGUAUGUGUAAACUACCUUUUCUAUCUAUUUACUGUGGGAACAGAAGGAUUUUUUUUCAUUUUUUUUUUUAGUUUUGCACAAAACAAUGCCAUUAGUCUGACAGCCAUUUAUGAAUGUUAAACUGACAUUACAGUCUAAGCUGAAAAAGUGGUGAAUUUGUGCAUUAGAUCUGCUUGAAACUUUAAUAAGUUCAUUCUUUUUAGAAUACCAUGUAAUGUGUAUAUAUUUAACUAAAGAGAUUUAUAAUCAUAAUUAUUUUAUUGUAAAGUAUUUUAACUAAAAUUUCUCCUUUUAUCUCUUAAAUUAGUGUUUGACUUUCGUUUGCAUUUUUUUACAAUGUUGACUACCUCAGAUACUUAAGUUAGAGGAACAUUGGUCUGAAUACUACAAUAAAGUUUAUUCUAGGAUAUGAUAGAACACUUGUAAAAUAUCUAAGCCGGUAUUUUAUACUAUAUUUAUUAACUUGAAUUAGCAUGUUGCCAAUCUGCUAUUCACUCAAUUUUAAAUAUUACAGGCUCUAUUUUAGAUGAACUCUGAUGCCAUACAGGGGUAGCCAGGGGAAUCAUGCAGUGUACAGAGAAGUUUAUGUUAUUUACAUAUAUAACCUAAUUUGCAGAUACUGGUUUUUGGGAAACAGGGCAACUACAAUCAUCUGUUCAGUGCAGUAAGCAAGAAAAACAUCUGAACAGGGAAAGUGGUAGGAGUGAGUAAAGUGUUGCUGCUUUCAACUGGUUCCCUCAGUCUAGAAGUGUCAAUGAUGGAAAUGCCUUGGCAAAUGUAUACCAGAUGACUCGUUGCUAAAGCUGUUAAAAACUGACACUGCAAGAUUAGAGCAGUGACUGUGCAGGAUUGGAGAGCUUUUCAGAGUUAGAUACUGAAUUACGUUCUAAGUCAGUCAUGUAGCGAGAUUUUAAACAGCGCUAAAUUUAUGGAAAUACUUCAAAAAUUACUUGUUUAGGUUGUGUCUUGACGUUUUCUGAAGUGUGGAGAAUAUUAGCAGUGGAACUGCUGUGCAUGUGCAGGAAUUGAAUAAGGAUUUGUCUAGUUUUUGUUCAGACAAAAACUCACAGAGCAGUGCUUUUCUUAAGUUGACAUAACAUGUAGUUGAAGUAAGAGCUGUUCCUGAUUGUUUGUUUACAUAAUAUUCAGCUAUCAGUAGCAUCUAGAUACAUCAUGGUAACAAGUAUAUUUAUUAUUUUUCCCUGCCACACCAUGAGGUGAGGUUGGAAGGUAUUCAUAAUCUGUAAAACAGAACUAAUCUGAGUUUUUAUGUAGAAAGCCUAUUGCAGAGCCAAGAAUUUAAUUCAGGAAUGACCCCUCACAGCCGUGCACUUUGCCUAUGCUGCUACUUUCUGUUUGGCUCCUAGGGAGUGUUACGUUUGUUUUAGAUGUGAGAAGGACAGUCCAUACAAGGGCAACAUAAAUCAUGGGAAGAUAAAGAUGUAGCUAUUACUUCUAUUUCAAGUGUUCAUAACUCUGCUCCACAAACCAAAAUGCAUGCAGAAAAGGUACUUUUUUAUUACAUUACCUUUAAUCACGUGUAAAUACCAUUGCAUUUAUGUAGCAUACACAGCCAAAGCCAGGAGCCAACAGUAUUGCAGCCAGGUUUACAGUAUCACCUGCCUUGCUCAGGAUAACUACUCUUCACCCAGUGUUGUUUCAUGUAUUGCAGAAAGUCCAAGGAUGCGUUCUGCAGUGGUCAAUUAAUCUCAAACACAAAUUAAGAGUUUAUGGUACAGUGGGGAGCUUUCUUUAAGGCACAUGUAUUUGCUCCUGUAUUACAGACAAAAAAAAAAUGGAAAACUUCUAGCAUAAUUUGUAAAACUAACAAUAAAGGAACAAGUGUCUCUGGGCUCUUUUAA